UCGGGGUCGGGGUGCGCAGGCGCGGUCUCGGGUUCUCGGUGCGGGCUGAGGCGGCGGCGGCGGCGGCGGCACGGAUCGGUGACCAUGGCGGUUAACUUUUUAACUAACGAGAAUAUCUGGUUUGACAAAUACAAGUAUGAUGAUGCAGAGGUGCAGUACCACCGGCAUCUGCAUGGAUCGGUCCCUACCAAUACCCCAGUAGAAAAUACGGCACGGGAUUCCCCAGCUGUGCAGGAGAACGGAGCGAGUAACAUCCUUCGGGACAUUGCCAGAGCCAGGGAGAAUAUCCAGAAGUCACUGGCCGGAAGCGCGAUACAGGGUGCGGAUAAUGAGCUGUGCUCCCGUGUCACCAGCUUGGAGAAGGAGAACCAGAACUUGCACAAGGAGGUGGAAGAACUACGGUUAACGUUGUCGAAGUUGGAGCUGCGUCUUUCCACAAUGGAGAAGUCCUUGACCAGCGCCAAACCCUUGGUGCCUGCACCAACCCAACCCAGCAAGCUCCCUCACCCCGCUCUCCUUUCUCAGCCCAGCACAAAGCAGCCGGAGGAGGACGAUGAUGACCUGGACCUCUUUGGCAGCAGCGACGAGGAGGAGAGCGCGGAGAGCGAGAGGGUCCGGGAAGAGCGGCUCCGCCAGUACGCCGAGAAGAAAUCCAAGAAGCCCACCCUCAUUGCCAAGUCCUCCAUCCUCCUGGAUGUCAAGCCUUGGGACGACGAGACGGACAUGGCGAAGCUGGAGGAGUGUGUCCGCACGGUGCAGAUGGACGGCCUGGUGUGGGGGGCCUCCAAGCUGGUCCCCGUCGGCUACGGCAUCAGGAAGCUCCAGAUCCAAUGCGUGGUGGAGGACGACAAGGUCGGCACCGACCAGCUGGAGGAACAAAUCAUCCAAUUUGAGGAUUACGUGCAAAGUGUUGACGUUGCUGCUUUCAACAAGGUCUAAAGUCAGCUAGUACUUUGAGGAAUAAAGGAAUUCUGUGCAGAAGUUA